CGGAAGUAUUGUAAUACAAGAUGGCUGCCGUGUUUACAUGAACUGAGAAGGCUUAUCGAAUUUACGCUUUUGAGGUGAAAGAGAACAGACGUGUCACUCGGUGACAUCGGUAUAUACUUUAGAGGAGCUGAUGGCUGUACAGAUGUUCACACACAUCCACGAACCAGCAGCUCGUGUCCGGGCUCUCUGUGAUUAUGGCUCCAAGGUUGAUGUGGACAAGGCAAUAUCACCCAAACUCUACCUUCGUUCAGGUCGCGAGAUGAUCCGGAUGGCAAACAUAUACCUGGAUGAGGGGAACCUGGAGAGUGCCUUUAUCCUGUACUCCAAGUACAUCACAUUAUUUAUAGAGAAACUGCCAAGACAUCCAGAUUACAAGUCGGCUCCCCACACGGAACUUGCUGAGUUAAAGAGGAAACUGAAGCAUGUGUUUCCUCUAGCCGAAGAGAUCAAGAGCAAACUGAAGACGAGAUACACGGCCCAGGAGAGGGAGAGGCAGGCUGUGGAGCGUAAGCGCCAGGAAGCGUUGGAGCAGGAGGCGCAGCUGAGGAGGGAGGAAGAGGAACGAGUGCAGCAGGAGCAGGCUGCCAUUAAAGCGCUCAAGGCCAAGGAAGCUGAUGACAAAUGGCGCCGGGAGCAGGAGGAACGUUACCGAGAGCUGCAGAGUCGUGCCCAGCAGGAUCAGGACAGGCAGCAGCCAAGGGUUGCCGCGGCAACUGUACCGGUUUUCGAUCCCGAACUGGACCCUCAGUUUGGCUUGAACGACAUCAGUAGUCCCGGGUUGCCACCCACUGCCCCGCCCUCUGCCGUGCUCCCAGCCCCACCAUCGUACGACCAGAUCACGGGACCCUCGUCAGUACCAGGCAUACCUGACCGAGAACUGAAGAAGCUGGCCAUUAGUGAUAAUGAGCCAACUAAUCCCCCCUCGGUAGACCGGAGCACCAAGCCUUCUGUCAUGACCUUUGACCACUUCACCAGUAUCGGAGGAGGGGGUGGGGCUGGAGGUCUGAGGGAGAUCACAGUCCCCACGGACCUCAUGAAGAAGUUCCUUGACAUUGCUCAAUCCAACACAGACAAGAAGACGGAAACAUUAGGCAUACUGUUUGGUACUCUGGCCCAGGACCAGUUCCACGUGACCCACCUGUUCAUCCCCCAGCAGCGCGGCACCCCCGACAGCUGCGACAUGGAGAACGAGAUCGAUCUAAUCGACUACCAGGACAAAUACAACCUCAUCAACCUCGGCUGGAUACAUACCCAUCCAACACAAACAGCCUUCCUGUCCAGUGUUGAUCUACACAGUCACUACCCCUACCAGAUCAUGCUGCCAGAAGCCAUCGCCAUAGUGUGCUCCCCGAAAUAUAAUGAAACAGGUAUAUUUCGCCUGACAAACGACCGUGGCAUCGCAGAAAUAGGGGGCUGCAGUCAGCCUGGGUUCCACUAUCACACCAAAGAGCCUCCGUUGUUUGAAUCCAGCCCCCACGUGAAGAUCCUGGAGGACAAGGAAGUCACUGUUGCUGAUAUGAGGAAGAAAUAGACGCUGUCAGUCAACUGUCAGGCAUGUGAUAGCAGCCCUCGGCCCGGGUGAAGUGGGCUGGCAGAUCAUGGAGUCUCGGAGUCACGGAGUCAUGGAAACAGUCCACUCUUUACAUAGGCUUAAAAAGAUAAAAGAAUUGGUUCUCAGGCAAAGACUUUUGAAUAUAUAGUGCUAGUGCAGGCGUGUGGUGUUUUUUUGUUUUUUUUCUGCUUGUUCAAACUAGAAUGUUACAAACACUUGUGUACCAUCAACCUGGGAAAUAGUGUCCCUACUUAAACAAGCAUACAAACUCCUAUUGCCGCCAUUACCAUAAGCAGUGUGCGUGUAAAGGGAAGUAACUUCAUGGUAUAUUGGAUCGCAUUGUUUUUAAGCAUUAGAAUUUAUUUUUAUUUUUUUGUAAAUGGAAAUAAAAACGAAACAUGCGGCAGACUUCAUGAUGAUCCUGGCGGUGCCUGAGAACCAAGACUAUUAUUUUUUAAGCCUUAGUCUCCAUAUACCCUGAAUAAUCGCAAUGAUACCAUUUUCUAAGCUCACAAGACUUCUUUCAGAGGCAUUUAGAAGUUGGAGUACUAAGUUAGGAUAAGAUAUUGAUAAAAGAAGUUGUUCUUCCAUGUGUAUUAUCCUCACUUAACACCUAAACAGCAUUAGAAACUAACUGUUUUAGUCUACUAGUCCUUACGAUGAAAACAUAUUGCAAAACCCUUAAAAAGGGCAAAUUUCUACCAGUCCUUAUGAUACCUUAACUAUUGGGCAGUUUGGCAAAGACUAUAGGACUAGUGCCAAUUUCUAAUGCUGCUAAAUGUGACAAAGUUUGAUGGUGUUGUUCAAUAUACAACACUGCACACAAUUAUGUGGUGACCUGGGCAGGUCAGAUAGGUUAAUUGACAUACACCAGUUUUAAAACAGUUUAGAUCAUGAAAUUAAUGUAACCCUUUUAAUAACUGAAGUGUUUAAUGAAUGAACCAAGUCAAAGUUUUGUAAAAAUGUUACAAAAUGAGAAUGUUGUAUUUUAAUUGAAGCUAUGCCUACAUCAAACCUGUACUAGUCUGUGGGGAGUGUGGGUGGAGUGAUAAGCUUCCGUUACAUUGAAGAGUUGUGUCCCUUGCCCACAAAGUAGUGUUGAUCGUUGGUUUGAUACCCAGAUUUGUCGUGAUUAUGACACUUGGCCUGCCCUUGCCCUACCUGUUCAUGAAGAGUUCAUGGCAGAGGUGAAUGCCUCACCCUACCUGUUCAUGUAGAGUUCUUGACAGUGGUGAAUGCCUCACCCUACCUGUUCAUGGCAGUGGUGAAUGCCUCACCCUACCUGUUCAUGUAGAGUUCAUGGCAGAGGUGAAUGCCUCACCCUACCUGUUCAUGUAGAGUUCAUGGCAGUGGUGAAUGCCUCACUCUCUACCUGUUCAUUUAGAGUUCAUGGCAGUGGUGAAUGCCUCACCCUACCUGUUCAUGGCAGUGGUGAAUGCCUCACCCUACCUGUUCAUGUAGAGUUCAUGGCAGUGGUGAAUGCCUCACUCUCUACCUGUUCAUGUAGAGUUCAUGGCAGUGGUGAAUGCCUCACUCUCUGCCUGUUCAUGUAGAGUUCAUGACAGUUGUGAAUGCCUCACCCUGCCUGUUCAUGUAGAGUUCAUGACAGUGGUGAAUUCCUCACCCUGCCUGUUCAUGAAGAGUUCAUGGCAGUGUUGAAUGCCUCACUCUCUACCUUUUCAUGUAGAGUUCAUGACAGUGGUGAAUGCCUCACCCUACCUGUUCAUUUAGAGUUCAUAGUAGUGGUGAAUGCCUCACCCUGCCUGUUCAUGUAAAGUUCAUGGCAGUGGUGAAUGCCUCACCCUACCUGUUCAUGUAGAGUUCAUGGCAGUGGUGAAUGCCUCACUCUCUACCUUUUCAUGUAGAGUUCAUGACAGUGGUGAAUGCCUCACCCUACCUUUUCAUGUAGAGUUCAUGGCAGUGGUGAACGCCUCACUCUCUACCUGUUCAUGUAGAGUUCAUGGUAGAGGUGAAUGCCUCACCCUACCUGUUCACGUAGAGUUCAUGGCAGUGGUGAAUGCCUCACUCUCUACCUGUUCACGUAGAGUUCAUGGCAGUGGUGAAUGCCUCACCCUGCCUGUUCAUGUAGAAUUCAUGACGGUGGUGAAUGCCUCACCCUGCCUGUUCAUGUAGAGUUCAUGGCAGUGGUGAAUGCCUCCCCCUGCCUGUUCAUGUAGAGUUCAUGACAGUGGUGAAUGCCUCCCCCUGCCUGUUCAUGUAGAAUUCAUGAUGGUGGUGAAUGCCUCACCCUGCCUGUUCAUGUAGAGUUCAUGACAGUUGUUAAUGCCUCACCCUGCCUGUUCAUGUAGAGUUCAUGACAGUUGUGAAUGCCUCACCCUACCUGUUCAUGUAGAGUUCAUGACAGUUGUGAAUACCUCACCCUGCCUGUUCAUGUAGAGUUCAUGACAGUUGUGAAUGCCUCACCCUGCCUGUUCAUGUAGAGUUCAUGACAGUUGUGAAUGCCUCACCCUACCUGUUCAUGUUGGGUUCAUUACAGCAGUGAAUGCCUCACCCUGCCUGUUCAUGUUGGGUUCAUUACAGCAGUAAAUGCCUACAACCUGCACUCUUGGCUUCCUCCCAUGUAACGCACAGUCGUCUGAGGCCCCACAAAUUCGCUGUGCAGAGUUGAGUCCCUUGGGCACACCAGAAAUCUAUACUUGUGCGUUCAAAUCCCGGUUCGCCCCGACUAUGUUACUAGGUUUGUCAGCACCAUAUCAGUUUUCGUGGGUUUCACCGAGGAAAGCCCACUAUAUGGCUUUCCUCGCACAUUAAGCUGACACGCCAUGAUAUAACUGGAAUAUUGUUCAAAGCAGCGUUUCAAUCCAACUGACUCUCUCCCAUAUAUUAUGAAUACAACUCAAAUACACACGGUCACUGACUUGAUACUGGUCAGCUGUGUAGUUUUAUCACGAUUUAUACUGCUCUGACAGAAAAUGAAAAUAUUAAUAUUUGUUAAUGAAUUCUUCUCAAAUUUUUAAGUUUAGGUUUGAGUUAGGUUCAAUGUAAGUACUCCUUUUGCUUUGUGAUCGAGUGGAUGAAAAGUCCUUAGAACAGGACCAUUGUUGGUCAAAAACUGACAUUAUUAAGUGAUAUAUAUGCAUGAAUCAGUGCAGCAGUGGAAUCACUACAGGGGCUGUAGUAAACAGCACACAUUGGUCUGUAGUUAACAGCUGAGUGUGAUCUGUAGUAGCAGCUCAAUGUGCCUGUAGUGAACAGCUGAGUCAGAUCUGUAGCAAACAGCUCACACAGGUCUGUAGUAAACAGCUCAAUAAGAUCUGUAGUAGCAGCUCACAUGGGUCUGUAGUAACAGCUCAAUGAGAUCUAUAGUAAACAGCUCAAAUGGGUCUGUAGUAAACAGCUCCAUGGGCCUUUAUAGUAAACAGCUCUCCAGGGCCCAGUAAACAACCCACCUGGUUCUGUGGUAAACCACCCCCGAAGGUCUGUAGUAAACUGUCCACAAAGGUGGAUCUUCCACACAGAAUGGCAGGUAUCACAUGUCUGACUUGUAUUAUGGUGCUUUAUGAUAUUGUGUAACUAUAUGAGUCAAAUUUUGUACAUUUGUACCAAGCUGUCGCAGAUGUAGAAACUGUUUCUGAUAGUGCUGGAUGUGUUUGUGUUUGUUUGUGAAUGUAAACACGUUAUUUGUUACCGCAGUGCCAUAUCAGCAGGCACCAGUUAGGUCCUUGUUCUUGCUUCACGAUAAGUAAGUGGAUGUUUCUGUGAGUGAACUUCUGUUGGUUAAUAGUCAUGCUGCUUUAAGUGGUUUGUCAUCUUCCCGAGGCAAGAGAGUUAACUGACUAUAAAAGUCCAGUUUCCACCCUUGCCGAACAAGGCUGGUAUUAUGGAGUUACAUUUCGGCUAGACUAACGAGACACCGAAAUCGAAAUC